UCAUCGAGUGCACCAAUAGCGGAGGUGGGUGUGUCCAUUCCGGUGGUUGUGGUUAAGAUUAAAACUUGGACCCCGCCUGCCGAUCAGGAACGAGGACUUUUUCAAAGUUCAAACCAGGAUUUACCGGCCGUUGACAUAGUCUGCCACUCGUCGUUGCUCUCGGAUGCAAUGAAACGCAAUACUGCUAAUUUAAACCCAAGCUCAUCAGGAAAUCCGUCCUUCAAGUCUCGCUCCGGUUCAUCAGACCUAUCAGAUUUAUCCACUGACAGUGGAGGAAUACCGAGAAUAUCGAGUAUGCAAAGCUCCCCAUCCGACAAUAGAUUCCCUAUGGACGACCCAGACGACAUCGACUACGACUCCAUGGAGAGUUCCGAGUAUGAUGUCCCUCUUACCACUUCUAAGAGGGUGCCAUCUCGUGAAGAUCGCCCAAAGUUUCGAAAUCUAUUAAAUACAAAGCUCGAGCAAAUGUUCUCCGAGAAAGGAAUCCCUCUAACGCCAUACGGCAGAAUACCCUGGACAACCUUAGGCGAAACCUUGGCGGAAAAGGGGUUUUAUAUUACGGG